GAGUUCUCAAGUUGUGUUCCGUUAAGCUCUCACAGCGCAGAGUGGGAGUAAUGCAGGACUUCUGGGGAGACAUUGUGAGGAACACUAAAGGGCCGUCCAUUUUCCUGGGUAACGAUCAUGAAGCCGUAGUGGAUUUGGGGAAGACCAGCUCCACCAUCCACACCAACUUCGAGAAGGAGGAGCUCGAAAGUCACAGGGCGGUGUACGUGGGGGUGCACGUCCCUCUGGGCCGACAGAGCAGGAGGAGACACCGGCACCGUGGACACCGACACCACCGCAAACGCAGAGAGAGAGAGUCGGACAGAGAGGACGGCCGAGAGUCACCUACAUACGAUACUCCCUCACAGAGAGUGCAGUUCAUCUUGGGCACUGAGGAUGACGAUGAAGAGCACAUUCCUCACGAUCUGUUCACCGAGAUGGAUGAGCUGUCCUUCCUGGAUGGACAGAUGUGUGAGUGGAAGGAAACGGCCAGGUGGCUGAAGUUUGAAGAGGACGUGGAGGAUGGUGGGGAGCGGUGGAGUAAACCGUAUGUGGCCACUCUGUCACUGCACAGCCUGUUUGAGCUUCGGAGCUGCAUCAUGAGCGGCACCGUCAUGCUGGACAUGCGGGCCAGCACCAUCGAAGAGAUCGCAGAUAUGAUCAUAGACGGCAUGGUGGCGCAGAAGCAGCUGGACGAGUCUCUGAUGGAGAAGGUCCGGGAGGCCAUGCUGAAGAGGCAUCACCACCAGAACGAGAAGAAGCUCAGUAACCGCAUCCCGCUCGUGCGCUCCUUCGCUGACAUAGGCAAGAAACAUUCCGACCCGCACUUGCUCGAGAGGAACGGGGAGGGGCUCUCCGCCUCCCGCUUGUCACUCCUGAGGCGUAACUCCUCCAUCUCUGCCUCCACCCCUCCGGACUCACGCCGGCAGUCCAGAGUGUCCCGCAGCUCUCGCGGCUCCUUAGGCUUCAGCCUUGGCCUCAGCCUCGGCCUCCUGCAGCCAAGCCCCGCCUCCUCCCUGUACGCCACGCCCCAGAACUCCCCGUCCCCAUCCCGCCACUCCUCGCCCCCACCGCGCCCAGCCGGCCCCCCGCUGCAGCACCCGGAGUUGCUGGUGUCCCGGGGCCAGAGGGACGACAUCCCAGAGGUGGUGGUGUUCCCGCCCGAAGAGGAGGAGGAGCCACACCUGCACGAAAGCUCUGACCAGGAUGAGGGGGCGGGGCCUGACUACUCCCUGCUCCAGCCCCCCCCUUCAGAAGGGUUGCUGGCCUCUCCCCAGUCGGCCCCGGGGAGCCUGGAGAACAGUAAGCCGAGCGAGAGUCGGAUCAGCAGUGCUGGUGGGGGGGGCACGGGGAGCCGAGAGAACAGCACCGUCGACUUCAGCAAGGUGGACAUGAACUUCAUGAGAAAGAUUCCUCCGGGUGCGGAGGCGUCGAAUGUUCUGGUGGGGGAGGUGGAUUUCCUGGACCGUCCCAUCAUCGCCUUCGUCAGACUGUCCCCCGCCGUCCUCCUCUCCGGCCUCACUGAGGUGCCGGUGCCCACCAGGUUUCUGUUUCUGCUGCUCGGCCCGUUCGGUAAAGGAUCUCAGUACCAUGAGAUCGGCCGGUCCAUCGCCACGCUGAUGACCGACGAGGUUUUCCAUGAUGUAGCGUAUAAAGCCAAAGACCGAAAUGACCUGCUCUCAGGAAUCGAUGAGUUUCUGGACCAGGUGACCGUUCUGCCCCCGGGGGAGUGGGACCCCACCAUACGCAUCGAGCCCCCAAAAAAUGUCCCCUCACAGGAGAAGAGGAAGUUGCCCCCAGUGCCCAACGGCUCCGCCCCCCCAUCAGAGAGCAUUAAAGAGGAGGAUCAUCACACAGGCCCCGAACUACAGAGGACAGGACGGAUAUUUGGGGGUUUGGUGAGGGAUGUUCGGCGUAAAGCUCCGUUUUAUUGGAGUGACGUGCGAGACGCUCUGAGUCUGCAGUGUUUGGCCUCUAUCCUGUUCCUGUACUGUGCCUGUAUGUCCCCUGUCAUCACCUUCGGGGGUCUGCUGGGAGAUAUCACCAAAAACAACAUCAGUGCUAUAGAGUCUCUGUUCGGAGCGUCUCUGACCGGAGUGGCGUAUUCUCUCUUUGCUGGUCAGCCACUUACCAUCCUGGGCAGCACCGGUCCGGUUCUGGUGUUUGAGAAGAUUCUGUUUAGGUUCUGCAGAGAUUACGGCCUGUCCUACCUCAAUCUGCGCACCAGUAUCGGACUGUGGACGGCCCUGCUGUGCGUGGUGCUGGUCGCCACGGAUGCGAGUUCUCUGGUGUGCUACAUCACGCGCUUCACGGAGGAGGCCUUCGCUGCACUGAUCUGCAUCAUCUUCAUCUACGAGGCCUUGGAGAAGCUCUUCCACCUGGGAGAGAUGUUCCCCAUCAACAUGCGCAACCAGCUGGACAACCUCACCUUCUACACGUGCCAGUGCGCUCCACCUGCCAACACCACACAUGAGCUCAUACACAGGUGGAAUCAGACCGGCUUCACUCCAGAAUCCAUAAACUGGAGCCAACUGAACGUCACUAUGUGCCAUAAACUGCAUGGUGUGUUUGAGGGUCCGGCGUGUGCCCAUGACGGACCCUUCAUCCCUGACGUUCUCUUCUGGUCCGUUAUUCUCUUCUUCACCACCUUCUUCCUCUCCUCCUUCCUGAAACAGUUUAAGACCAAGCGCUACUUCCCCACUCGGGUUCGCUCCACCAUCAGCGACUUCGCGGUCUUUCUCACCAUCAUGAUCAUGGUGGUGGUGGAUUAUCUGGUGGGGAUUCCGUCCCCCAAACUCAACGUCCCGGACACGUUUGAGCCCACCUCUAAAGGCCGCGGCUGGUUGAUGUCCCCUCUGGGCACUAACCCCACCUGGACGCUGUUCGCUGCAGCCAUUCCUGCUCUGCUCUGCACCAUCCUCAUCUUCAUGGACCAGCAGAUCACCGCCGUCAUCAUCAACCGCAAAGAGCACAAACUGAAGAAAGGCUGUGGGUAUCACCUGGACCUGCUGGUGGUGGCGGUGAUGCUGGGCGUCUGCUCUUUGAUGGGUCUGCCGUGGUUCGUGGCCGCGACCGUUCUCUCCAUCUCCCACGUCAACAGCCUGAAGGUAGAGUCGGAAUGCUCCGCCCCCGGAGAGCAGCCCAAAUUCCUCGGCAUCCGUGAGCAGCGCGUCACCGGCCUCAUGAUCUUCAUCCUCAUGGGCCUGUCGGUCUUCAUGACCUCUGUACUCAAGUUCAUCCCCAUGCCGGUGCUGUAUGGCGUUUUCCUCUACAUGGGCGUCUCCUCUCUCAAAGGAAUUCAGUUCUUUGACCGGAUAAAGCUGUUCGGGAUGCCAGCGAAGCACCAGCCGGAUCUGAUCUAUCUGCGCUAUGUGCCUCUGUGGAAGGUUCACGUGUUCACCAUUGUUCAGCUGACCUGCCUCGUCCUGCUGUGGGUCAUCAAAGUGUCGGCUGCUGCUGUGAUCUUCCCCAUGAUGGUUCUGGCUCUGGUGUUCGUGCGGAAGCUUCUGGACUUCUGCUUUACGAAGCGCGAGUUGAGCUGGCUGGAUGAUCUGAUGCCAGAGAGUAAGAAGAAGAAGGAGGACGACAAGAAGAAGAAGGAGAAGGAGGAGGCCGAGCGGAUGCUGGACGCGGAGCAGGGUCUGGAGUACGACGGAGAAAAUCUCCUCAGCCUCAAAACCCUCAAAGUCAGCGCUGACCCGUCUGUGGUCAACAUUACUGACGAAAUGGCCAAAACCUCCGUUUGGAAAGCUGUGGCCAGUUCCAAAGCUCUGAAAGCCAGAGCCAGCGAGAAGAGCGCUAGCAUCCAGAUCAGCGUGGAAGACGAAGAAGGACAGAAGUUCGUGGACACGGAGACGUCGUUAUGAUAGCGGGGUGGUGAGAGAGCGCCCCCCCGCUGGUCCACUCGAGCACCUGGCUGACCCUCAGUGUGGGCAAAAAGCAGGAGGACCUGAAUGAGACCAGGCAACAGAUUCCGUUCACGCUCCUGUACGUUUUUGUUUUAUUAGCACACCAACCUGCUCUCUUUUCAUUUUCAGCAGAGGUGAAUAGUUCACGUUUACAAAGUAAAAGUCCUCCCAGAAUUUUUUCAUUUGCUGUUUAGCUCAGAAUCGAUGAUCCAAAUCAAAUAGACGAUACAGAAUCGGGGCAGGACUUUUACUUUGUAAACUCAGACUCAUACGCUUCUGCCUUUUACCGCUUUAUUUUAAUUCAGUGUCUGAGGGAAGCUGCGACUUCCCGCCUCUUAUUUCUGUUGUAAAAGUCAUUAAAAGGCAGCAGACGUUUUAGAGUGACGUUGUUCGGUUAGCGUGAUCUUUCUUACGGUACCGUUUCCGCGGAGCUUCGUCCAGGUUGGUUGUUUCACUGUUUAGAGCCAGUGCACAUCAAACUCCAUUAAAAGCUCUUUAGACGCCUCAGAGAGUGAAUUUACAGGUACCGUCUCAUUUAGAACCAGCAUCACGGGAGAAAUGCGACUCUGUCUGAUCAUAAUUUUUUAUUAUUAUUAUUAUUGUUACUAUUUUAUUUAUUUUUAAAGGCGUGUUUUAGGCACUGUGCUCACUGUGGGUUUGGACUGUACGAUGCCAUGUAGACGCUUUAACGCAGAAACGCGUACAAAGAGUCGUUUAAACCAAACGGUGCAGAUUCACCAGAUAUUUGAGCACUUUUACACAAAUAAACAGUUUCCAUGCUUAUAUAUUAGCAAAAUAACCAUAUUUACACCGUCUCCUCCGCUUUACCCCAAAAUACAGUGUGCUUCUUUAGGUUUGAGGCGAGUGAGUGAUGAUUUAGGUCUGAGGCAGACAAAUAGUGUCAACAACCCCCCCUUAUUUUUCUUUUUAUGAUUUUUAAUUAGCACUCAUAAUUACUUGUUUUGCUGUUAAGUGUUAUCCACUGUCUGUAAAGCCCUUUGAGCUGCCACCGGCAUAAACAGCGCUCUAUAAAUAAAGAUAAUUAUCAGGAAAGAGUAUUACUCUAAUUCUGAUUCUCUGCUCCACCUUAAGUGGUGCAGCAUUUACAUGUAACUGCUUCACUAUUUAAGCUGGAACAGGACAUUUUAACAGUAGAGUCAUUUCCAUUCACCAGCUUCUUAUUCAGAGUUUCCGUUCCACCUUAAACGGCGCAGCAGUUACAGUCUGGUCAGAGCAAAUUUACUAACAGGUUUGGGCCAAGUUUGUUGUUAUUUACGCUGCGGUUAGCCUGUUGAUUUAGGGCUGAGAGAUGAAUCGUUUUAUAUCACAAUCGCAAUUUUAAUUAUUAAGCAAAACACUAAUGUGCUGUGACAUCACAACCACCAGCAGCUGGCAGCCUUCAGGCCUCGAGCUGGAAAAGGUGGAUUUUCUGAUGUUCUUGCCCGAAAUAACAGGCCUGUUCUUAAAAAAUCACAGUUUAAAUCACCGUUUAAAUCACCGUUACGCCAUUGGUCAGAAAAAUCGGUUAUAUGUUCCCCAAGUUACUCAUUAUCUACAUUAGUCUCAUAGCUCCAGAGCUAAAACUAAAGAAGCGACCUUCAGACACCAAACACGUCUCAGUAGACUGAGGGGGGGGUCACUGACCUGUCGCUUUAAAUAUCUGAGCAGUGCUGUAAACCUUCAGUGCCAUGUUAGCCAGUUUACGUCCAGCGGAGCGCUCGGCCCGUGGGACUGAGUCUGUGUCGUUAGUGUUCGUUAGUUUCCGGUUCGUUAGUGUUCGUUAAUCGUUUAAUGGUUUAAUUUAUUCGGAGCUGCGUCGCGGUGAGGAUGUCGGGCCGGAAGCCUGGAGGGAGUUUUGGUCUGCAAUUUCGUCUCUUCUCUGUAAUUGUGUUGCACUUUAGGUACUUUAACCAUCACAUGCUUAGUCCUGAUACUUAGUCCUAAUACUUACUGUAUUCCACUUGUACUUAAUCCACUCAUGGCAGCGGUCAGUAACCCUGCUGCUGGACAACUGCUGACCUGCUGACGCCUGGUUCAGCUGUUGUUUUCAGAUCAGAGCUGCUGUUGAUUAUUUCUGUAGUUUUACACCGAUUUAAUAAAUUAAACGGUUCAUUAAACGAUUCAGACGUAAACAGAGUCCUUCAGAGCGGUUUGGUGUGAAACGCUCUGUUCUAGAUAAAUAUACUGAGUCAGAACUGUUCACAGUGGUGGUGAUAGGAACCAGAUGUCUGAAGAGAUUAAAGGGCCCGUAUCCUACAUUUUCCUUACAUUUUGGUUUUAUCUGUAAAGUUUACUUAACAUUUGUGUUUCUACGUUUUCAGCCUCGCAGAUUCUGUUACUGUGCCUUUAACACUGAGACGUGUAAAUGAGCUCUGUUCUGAUUGGCUGUGCCUUCAUUCAAAAAGGAGUUGAGGCUGAAACACUUCAGUGUGAGUGGGCGGGGCUAAACUGCUGUAGGCAGAAAAGGCGUAUGUGUGUAAAUGUGUUGGUCUUGGUGACGUCACAAAAACAAUAAAUUAAAAAUGGGCUGUUUACAUAUUCGGACUGAGGUUAUGAAAUAUAGAAUAAUGUUUACAUUCUGCAUUCAUGGUGGGAAACCGGCCCUCACUGUAUAAAUAAAGAUGUUAAAUAAAAAAAUAAAUUCCAUUCCAUAUAAACCCAGAAGACUCGUGUAGGUUCACUGGUGGUUCUGGAUAGUAAAUAAAAUGUCUAUAUCUGUGUUGUAGUCAUGGCGACCCCUGGUUCCCUAUCACCACCACUGUAAAGAACUCUGAACCAUUUCACACCAAACCUCUCUGAGUCGCUCUGUUUAUGUUCUAGAUAGCUGUAUCAGGAGAGCUAAGUGUUAUAUUAGAGGUUAAAGCUGAAACUUGUUGGCUGGACGUCCAGGAAGACGGUUCCUGACCGCUGAUUUAGAAUCUCAGGAACCUCUCCUCUCACCGCGUGUCCACGUCCCAUCAGCCCAAACGAGCCUUCAGUCUGUGACCUCACAGCUUCACGCUGCGCACGGACGCCACAGCGGUCAGGGGUUUUUACCAAGUCCGUUUUUGUGCCUGAUGUUCAUAAAAGCCCAGAAAUGAUCUGAAAUCCUUAGUUUUAAUAAGUCUUAUUUGUAUUAUCUGUAGUUUUGUAAAGUUAGAGAUGUACAAUCUUGGACUGUAAUUAAAUUAUUGAUUAGAGAUUAUUAAUAGGUAUUUAAAGGUUAGGUUAGAAGAGAGAGCUGCGAAGUUUAUACUAGCCAUGUUCCCAUCAUCCUCAGCGUAAAGAUGAUUAUUAGAUUAUUAUAUUUCAGAUCCUGACGAUGAAAAUCAGUUUUGUAUUCAGUUGCUGAGUCCUGUAGGUCGUAGCGAGAAUCAGACAGGACUUUUAUUUUGUUAAGUGCGUCUUCCCUCGGGGACUCGGAACAAGUAUUGCUGCCGUAGUGUUUGAAGUGCUUUAUAUCCUCACCUGCUGUGGCCUGUAAACCCUGUAAACCCUGUAAACCCUGUAAACUCAACGCUUCAUUUCAGCUCAGAUUAUUUUACAGAUUUCGGAUCAAAUCGAGGCAGAAAUACUCAGAAGAGGACAGACGAGUUUAGACUCAGUAAACAUGUAUUAUUUAGAUGAAAGUGAAGAACUAUUUUUUGUAAUGUCUCUGAAAUUGUUAAAGCAAUAAAGAUGAAUUUGUUCA